GUCUUUCUCCAAUCAUUGCAAGGAUUGCAUCUAAAACAACGAUAUCAGAAAAAAAAAUUCACAAUUUGUAGGAACUGUUGCAAAAGUGUGAUCGUGGUUGCGAUAUAGAGUCUAUUAUAGUAUAUCUGGCAGCACGUCCAGGGCAUAAUGGCAUCAACACAUAAACCACAAUCAACCAAACCAGUUCCCAUGGAGAAGUACAACAUUCUUCUGAUAGGAGAAACAGGAUCAGGAAAGUCAACUUUGGUCAAUUAUCUCACAAACUUUUUUCUUGGCGGAAGUCCGUAUCAUCUUAAAAUUGCUAUCCCCACGAAGUACUACGCAGUAACAGAGAGUUUCGAACAUUCUGAACGCGAUAUAGAAGAUUCAACAAAGAGUCAAACGAUAAAACCCAUUGAAUACGAUUUCAAGAGUGAUGAACUCCAGUUCAGUUUUAUUGACACCCCGGGACUUUGUGAUACGGCAAGCACUCAGAAUGACGAAGAUCACAUCACGAAAAUUUUGGCGGCCGCUGAAGAGGCGGGGACUUUGGCGGCCAUCAUGAUUGUUAUAAAUGGCACUCGUUCUAGAGCUACUGUAGAUCUAUCUCAUUCAUUGAAUGAAAUGAAAAGCUUCGUGCCAGAUUGUCUACUGGACAAUCUGAUGAUUGUUCUCACGAACUGCAAUCGGGCUACGGCGAAUUUCGAAUUGAAGCAAUUGAAACCAUGGAAGAUCCUUGAUGAUAACGUGUUCUAUAUGAACAAUUCUGCUCUAAGUAAACCACAAGAAUUGUGGAGCAAAGAUGAAAGAUUGAAGCAAACCAUUGAAAAUGAAUGGACUGCAUCAAUGGAAACAAUGGAACAAAUCAAAUUGCGACUCAAGCAAAUUGGCAUGAAAGUUACCAAUGUGUUCAAAGAAAUGCGCCUUAAGAAGAAUCAAAUAAAAUCUGAACUGUUUAAAAUUUUGCAGGAAGUAGAAAAACUUCAAAAUUUACAGAAUGAUUUGGAUGAGUUGAAAUCAGCUCAGCAAAAUGCUUUAAAUGAUAUUAAAAUGUAUUCUAACUUCACUCAAACAAAAACAGUGAACUAUGUGGAAUAUGUCGAUUCUCAAUACUACAGCAGGAUCUGUUCAAAUUGUCUAAAAGUUUGCUACGAAGAUUGGGCAUAUAUCUGUUCAAUUACCGGAUACCUUAUCCCAACAUUCGCAUAUCAGUUUUGCAAUAGGACCAGUAAUAUUAUGCACUGUGCCUUUCUGCCAUGUGUUUGCGACAUUUGCAAAUGUUCUCCCUUUAUGCACUACGACGAUACAAGAAAGCCAAUUAAAAAAACCAAAACCGUUCAGGAAAUUCUCGAUUCGGUGAAAGCAGCUUACGACAGCAGCGUCCAGAAAAACGAAGCGAUGCAGAACCAAAUCGGCGGAAUAAAUGUCGAUAUGGCAGCACUGAAUGCUGCUCUAGAUGCCCAUGAGGCUACUAUUCGAAAAUGUUGCCAGGAUCUGAAAAAUGUCUGCUCCCAGUUCAACCUGGUGAAAGAGCUAAGUGGCAUAAUUGGAGUAAUGGAAAAGGCAGCGGAAAAUCUCAAAUCUGUGGAAGCCCGGAAGAACGCACAUGAUAGAAUUCGCAAGAUUCAACUAGUGAUUGACGAGCUCACACGUGGUUAAAAUGUUGUGAAAGCAUCUAAAUAGUUUGAAAAUAAUUAAAUAUCAUCCAACGAGAAGGAACCUGGUCAACUUUUUUGUUGUAUUUUGUUGCUUAGGGUUUCUUAUUUUUUUUUAGAAAAGUAAUUCUUUCACUUUCGACGUUUUGUCCUUUCGACGUAUUAUCUUUCAACGUUUUGUCACCCAACCGUUUCUUUGUAUGUGGGUCAGUUAUAAAAAUAUCGUAAUCAAAUAUUACACAACGUUUUCCAGUUACGUGGCGUAUAUUCUCUACAUAGACUACACAUACUGAAGCUACGAUUAUUACA